AUGAGUUUGGAAGACCAAUUCUCGUCCAUCCAAUUGGACAGAGACGAAAUUGACAGAGAUAAAAACAGCAAUCAUGAUGACGACAAGCCUUCGACUAUUGCCGAGGAAGAUGCUCUAAGCGAACUGCAAACACGUACAGAACACGAACAGAGUGCUUCUGCAAUAGAUCCAACGACUGAAUUCAACUCCGAGGCCCAAAUUCAAGGUAUAGAUGGUGAAAAUGGAAAUGUAGGAAGCCCGAAUUUCGAUUCAGAUAAUGCCAAUUCGGAGUCUGUAGGCCAAUCAAAGGGAAGUAACGAGUCUGCUGGUACAACUAGAACUGUAAUGUUUGAAAAGUAUCGGAUUGAGUCUUCGGUGACGUCUCCUAUCAACGAUUUGGAUACCGCUUCGAAACAUUUCAUUUCGUAUUUGGUGACUACCACAACAAACCAUCCGGCAGUGGUGAAGCUUUCGUCUCACAGGUCGGCUCCAGAAGACGAGUACGUCACCAUUAGUGUUCGGCGUAGAUACGGUGAUUUUUCCCUCCUUCACGAGUGUUUAUCGAACGAUAUUCCUACAGCCAUGAUUCCUCCAUUACCCUCUAAGUCCAACUUCAAAUACUUAACGGGUGAUACAUUCAGCACCGAAUUCGUCAACAAACGGUUGCAUUCGUUGGACAGGUUCAUGAAGUUCAUCUUGCAGCACAAACGAUUAUCUCAGGAGUCAGUGUUCCAUCUUUUCAUCAGUGACUCUAAUGACUGGGGCAACUUCACGAAGAACUUGAAACUUCGCGACAUUAACUACGACGAAUCUGGGGCUGGUUCCUCAGCCAACGGAUUUGUCAACAAAGUUGUCAACGAAGACAUGAUUACGGAGAAGGUGAUGAACUACUUUACUUCAUCUAAACACAAACGAGAAACGAACAAAGAUAUUCUAGAAAUCAACGACAAGUUGAAGAAGAUCUACGAAAACCUCAUGAAGUUAGACAAGAUAUUUGUCAGAUUGAACAAGAAGAACCACGACUUAAGCAUCGAUUACGAUCAAUUCCUGGCACAAAUCAUGAAGCUAUCCUUGGUACAAACUACAGAUAUGAACUCGACCUCUGAACCAUCGACACCCUCCAAAAAUGGCGACGCUGCUUCUGUUGUUGUUGAUUCUACUAUCACCAACAAUUUCAAGAUAUUUGCUGAUUCCCUCGACUAUCUCCUGAAGAACUGGUCAGAAUUGCACAAAUACGUAGAUGAAACAUUUCUUGUUUCAUUACGGGACUGUUCCAAAUACAUCAUAAGUUUAAGUAACCUCAUCGAAUUUCAGCACAACAAGAAAAUCGAUCUUCAGGUUUUACAGGAUUACUUGGCCAAAGCCAGGAGCGAGUUGGCUAGUUUUGGCGGUUCGACGGCAAGUACAGGUGCUCGUCACCCACCUCCUGUACCAGUAUUGAAUAGUCAUUCUGGAGGCGGAAUAGUGAAUAAUACCACCCAGUUGAUUAAAGACACUUUGUCUACAUCUGCGACUCCACACAUAGGAUCUACAGCCACGGAUGGAAAGAUCGGCCGAUUAGAAGAAAGGAUCAACAAAUUGGAAAGUGAAAUCACCGUGCAAACGAAGCUUGUCAACGACCUCACUUAUAGGAUAAUAAACGAAGAAUAUCCCAACUGGGACAAGUUUAACCGCAAUCAGUUGAAGGAGUCGAUGGUGGGGUUAUGCGACCAGGAGAUCAAGUUUUAUAAGGGGUUGGUUGACAACUGGAGCGAUGUUGAGACCAAGUUGUUGCGGCGGUUGGACGAAUUGAAAUGA